AUGGUGCACAAGAUUUCUCCGAGCUGUUCGGUGUUCGAGACCAACCUCAAGGCCUUCUCCUUCGAGGUGGUCGUGGCGGGGCUGGUGCUGCACCUCCAGGGCUCUAGCUUCGAGGAUAGCCUCCGAUGGAUCGCCACCCUCAAGGCGGCCAUCAACAACAGCCCCCCCGAUGAAACCGACCCUCUCUUGUCCGAGGCCCUGCGACUCGAGGACACCUUCUACUACGCCGACUUCGAGACGAAGCAGCCCUUGGGUGUGGUCCUGGAGCGGUCCAAGGAAUGGGCCAUCGUCAAGCUCGCAAACCCGGAGCUAAGCCAGGUUUCUGUCGGCUCUGCGCUCGCCUCCGUCAACGGUGAGUCGGUGGUGCUGAAGGCCUACGAGGAAACGAUCGCCAUGCUCACGGGGUGGAAGCCACCGCUGAACCUUAUCUUCCGACGAGCUCCGGUGAAGGAGGGCUGGCUCAAGAAGGCCGGUGUCGGCAAGAAGGCCUCGAAGUGGAAGAACGUCUGGGUCGACCUUCGAGAGGGGAAGCUUUCGUGGUUCAAGCUCGGCCCCGGCGGGACGUUGUUGGGGGCGAUGCCGAUGAUCGGGUCGGCGGUGGCUCUUGAUCCUGAAACCGAGAAGUUUCUUCGAAUACGUUACUUGAAAAGCAGCAGAGAAGACGACCGGAGCGCGGUGGACUACUCCGGUGAAGAACCGACCGUGCCGCGUGCGAGAGGGCAGCCGACAAAACAGCGAACUUAG